ACGAACCCUUAUGCUGCCCUGGUGAACUGCCUGAGAGCUACCUGGUUAACAGGAAAGACACGCCCGAUGGAAUAUCGGAAGACCCAGCUGGAGGCCCUGAGCCAUUUUUUGGCGGAGAAUGAAAUGGAAAUCUUACAUGCCUUGAAUGUAGACAUGCGCAGGCCUCCUUUUGAAGGACAAAUUGCUGAUAUUUCCUUAAUUAAGAAUGAAGUGAACGAAGCACUCAACAACCUGAGCUAUUGGAUGAAGGAUGAGUGUGUGGACAAGAACCUGGCCACCAAGCUUGACUGUGCCUUUGUUCGCAAGGAUCCGUAUGGUGUGGUGCUCAUAAUUUCACCCUUUAACUAUCCUUUUCAUCUCACCUUGAUCCCUAUGGUGGGGGCCAUUGCAGCUGGGAACUGCAUCAUCGUGAAACCUUCAGAGCAAAGCAGCUGCAGUGAAAAGCUCCUGGCUGAAGUGCUGCCUACCUACCUGGACCCGGAAACCUUUGCUGUGGUGACAGGUGGUGCUGAACCAACUAGCAAAUUACUGGAGAACAAGUUUGAUUACAUCAUGUUUACAGGGAGUCCCCGUAUUGGAAAGAUUGUCAUGAGUGCAGCAGCCAAACACCUGACGCCGUUAACUCUGGAGCUGGGAGGCCAAAAUCCCUGCUAUGUGGAUUGCUGCUGCAAUUUCCAGAAUGCAGCCAACAGAAUAGUCUGGGGAAAGUUCUUCAAUUGUGGCCAGACCUGCCUUGCGCCAGACUAUGUGAUUUGUACCAUUGAAACACAAGAGAGACUGAUGCCCUGCCUGCGUCAGGCUAUCCGUGAGUUUUAUGGCUGCAACCCUCGAGAGUCACCUGACUACGGCCGCAUGAUCAAUGACAAGCAUUUCCAGCGCGUCCGUGCGCUCCUGGACUCUGGCCGAGUAGCUAUCGGUGGAGAAACAGAUGAAUGUGACCGUUAUAUUGCUCCCACAGUGCUGGCUGAUGUGAAGGAAUGGGAGCCAGUCAUGCAAGAGGAAGUCUUUGGGCCUAUCCUGCCCAUUUUCAUUGUGAGGGACUUGGAUGAAGCCAUCCAAUAUAUCAACAGCAAGGAACGCCCUCUGGCUCUCUAUGCCUUCUCUUGUGACAACAAGGUUGUGAACCGGGUAUUGGACUGCACCAGCAGCGGUGGUUUCUGUGGCAAUGAUUGCAUAAUGCAUGCAACUUUGGUCUCCCUGCCAUUUGGUGGAGUUGGAUACAGUGGAUUUGGCAUGUAUCAUGGCAAGUACGGCUUUGACACUUUCACUCACCACCGUGGCUGCCUCUCGCGCUGCAUGGGCCUCGAAGCAAUCAACUGCAUACGCUACCCACCCUACAGCCAGCGCAAGUUGGACCUGCUGGUCGCCGCAACAGAAGUGAGGCGCAAGGGCUUUUGCACCCUGCUGUGAACACUCAACACAGCCAAGGCCUUCUGUUCCUAGGGGCUGCUACUAGGAA